AUGUGUAUUGGUAUUGUUGUUGGUACUGGUACUGGUAUUGUUAUUAACAAUGGUAUUGGUAUUCGUAUUGUUAUUAGUAAUAGUAUUGGUAGUGGUAUUGCUUAUUGGUUUGGGGCUGGUAUUGUUAAUGGUAAUGGUAUUGGUACUGGUAUUGGCAUUGGUACGGGUAUUGUUAAUGGUAAUGAUAUUGGUACUAGUAUUAAUAUUGGUAUUGGUAAUGGUACUAAUAUUGGUAUUGGCAUGGAUACUAAAAUGGCACAGACGCCACAUCAGCGAUUUGGCAAAAUUUCAUUGCAGCUGACAACAGUAACAGCAACAACAACGCGUGCCGCCUUUUGUUGCGCUGUUGAGAAAUUGCGCAUUCGCGUGCGGCUUUGUGGCGCACAAAAUGAGGAAGUUGCUAGCAGUUAA